AUGCCUGCGAGAUCGUUCAAAAAGCUAGUUAUCGCCGUGAGUGGGACAUUUCCAAAGCUCAAACAAUCGGACUUGAAGUCGAUGAUUGAGGACAAUGGUGCUACAUUCAGCACCUCCGUUACUGAUGACCUUACCCACCUCGUCACCACAGACAGGGAUGUGGACAAGGAAUCAUCAAAGUACAAACAAGCAAGCGCCGUCACAGGCUGCCAAAUUGUCUCACUUGACUGGCUCAUUGAAUCGACCGAGAAAAAGAAACCACUGCCAGAAGGACGAUAUGUCCUCGGCAAGGGUGCAAACCGCCCUGCGUCCCAGGCCGAGCCUACGCCUGAGCCAGACACCAAAAAGAAUGGAAACGGCACUGACAAGAAGCCUGAAUCAAAAAAGCGCAGUGCAGUGAAGGAUGAACCGGCAGAGGAACCUAACAAGAAGCUAAAGGACAUCCAGAAGGCUAGUUCAAAGUUUCUGAAUGUCCCAGUCGACGAAGGCUUCAAUGAGCAUUGGGGCGGCUUUACAAACGCCACGGUCUACAUCGAUGACGCAGGUUUGAUCUGGGAUGCCACCUUGAAUCAAACUGUGUCGGCCAGCAAUGCCAACAAAUUCUAUCGCGUCCAACUACUGGUCGGCAAGAACCAACAAUACAUUACUUGGACCCGAUGGGGCCGGGUUGGAGAGCACGGACAGUCAGCCAGGCUUGGAAGUGGCAGCUUGGAAGAAGCAAUCAGACACUUUGAAGCCAAGUUCAAGAAUAAGUCGGGCCUGAAGUGGGAAGAUCGCCUGGCUACUCCGAAGAAUGGGAAAUACACGUUCCUUGAGCGCAACUACGAAGAAGAUGACGAAGACAAAGAAGACGAAAAGGAGGUCAAGAAGGAGAACGGGGCCAAGCAGGAGAAUGGAGUCAAAGUUGAGAGUGGUCUCUCAAAACCGGUCCAGUCCUUGAUGAAAUUCAUUUUCAACAACAACCACGUCCUCGAGGCUCUGGCAGCAAUGUCUUACGAUGCAAAGAAAAUGCCUCUCGGAAAGCUCAGCAAGAGGACCCUGACAAAUGGCUUCUUAGCUCUGAAGGAACUAUCCGAGCUUAUCGCAGCACCGGCCUCCGCGAAUGCGAAGUACGGGCUCCCAUAUAUCAAUGCUAUUGAGAGCCUAAGCGACCGCUAUUACACCUUGAUUCCCCAUGUCUUUGGCCGCAAUCGACCUCCUACUCUAGGAAGCAAUGAGCAAAUCAAGAAGGAAGUAGAGCUUCUUGAGGCACUGACCGAUAUGGAUGUCACCAACGAGAUUAUGAAAGACAACCAGGGUGCCGAUGAGAUCCAUGAGCUGGAUCGCCAGUUCAAGAGUCUGGGAAUGGAGGAGAUGGUUGAACUGAGCCCCGAAUCAACCGAGUUCAAAGAGCUUGAAGACUACCUCCAAAACUCCCGUGGCUCAACCCACCACCUAGAAUACAAAGUUAUCAACAUCUUCCGCAUCGAACGCCAAGGCGAAAAUGAUCGCUUCAACACAUCUCCCUAUGCCAGUAUCGCCAACAGCGACCGCCGCCUCCUCUGGCACGGGUCCCGCAGUACAAACUUCGGUGGAAUCCUCAGCCAAGGUCUCCGAAUUGCACCGCCAGAAGCCCCAGUCAACGGCUACAUGUUCGGCAAGGGAGUGUAUCUGGCCGACACAUCCAGCAAAUCCGCCAACUACUGCUGCCACUACAACAGUGGCGGCAUGGCUCUUCUCCUACUCUGUGAUGCCGAAGUCGGCGCCCCAAUGCUGGAACUUGAGACCAGCGAUUACAAUGCCGGCGAUGUAUGUAAGCAGACCGGGAAACUCGCAACUCUCGGAAAGGGUCGCAAUAUCCCUGGUGGGUGGAAGGAUGCCGUUUGUUUGAAUCCUGCUUUGGAGGGUGUUACGAUGCCUGAUGUCGGGAUCAAGCAGCAGCAGGCGCAGAGUGCGGGGCUUUACUACAAUGAGUACAUUGUUUAUGAUGUUGCUCAGAUUCGGCAGCGGUAUUUGUUCCAGGUUCAUAUCAAGUGA